ACGAGCCACCUCUGCGUCCUAUGCUGCAUUUCGCCCUGAUCCAAUCUUGAUUCCAAAACAUCCUCCAAUGCCUGUGCUAUCGGAUGUCUGCACUUGCUCUUUGUCGGAACAAUCCUCGCGCGGUAUUAUCCGCUUUGCUGGACCGCGACCCUUAGCACUGGUGCUAGCGCGGUACCGAAAUCCACACCCAUACACACACACACGCGCACCCCUCGCAUGUCCACACGGCACCAACGGCACCAAUCAACCGCUGCAACCGCCGACAAUCAAUAACACCAGGCCACCCCCCCCCACACCAAUCCCCUUGCAACCAUGCGCGUGCAUGUCUCCUGCCUUCUCCUCGUCACGGUCGAAACGCCUCGUUGGCUUAGACAAGGUUUCAAGGUCGCAUGCCUUCGAUACGAGACGCGGGAUGCACGUGGGGGUUGGUGUACGUGAUUCAUUUAGAAGACUCGAAUAUGGGUAAUUCGGCGGAUGAUCCCUUGAUCGUCCACGACACCGCCCUUGGUCGAUCCACACUUGGGCACACAAACUGUCGACCAUCAACGGGCUCGGCCGUGAGUGAACAAAGUGGAAUAGGGUCCUUUUCCUCGUCGUAUGCUUGCUGCAGUCUCGCGUGCUCCCUCUCCAGAUUCGUACAAGGUUGUUCGUCAGCGCUUACAUGUCACUGCCGGCCGUCUAUACGUCGAAAUCAAGGCAGUGGCAAUGCCUGUCCGUCCUGGGUCGUGACGUUUUGCUACAUGGUUGUCCGCUCGACAUGGAAUUCAGGAAAGAUUCGUGGCAGCGGGGAUGAUGCGUACGUCAGUGAGUCCGGCCGACCCGUGGAUGGGCUGCACACUCGCUAGAGUGUCUGCUGCGUCCGAGGGGAACGGGAGAGAGGGCUGUGGCUUUUUUUCUCGAAUAAAAUGCCUGUUGUUGAAGGCCAACCAUCAAUGGCUCAUGCUUGACUUGUUGAAGGGAAAGGCGUCUUCAAGGCGCGCCAUCUUGGCAUCCUCAGCGGAAUCGGGCCACAACGGCGGAGCGGAAUCAGGUCGUCCAGUGCACAGGGAAAACGGGAGAGGGAGGGGGGCCAGAUUUGCUUUCCAGCCCAGAAAUGCAAUGGCGGCACAUGCGACCUCUUAUACAGGUGCAGGGUCUACUGCCAGAGCCAGAUCGUGCAGUGAUACCAUUGCGCGUUAUCAUUGCGCGAUUGAUAGCCGUAUUCUUAGUGGUGCUUGCACCACCCUCUUU